AUGGCCAAAUCCAAGAAUCGACACGAAAAAUAUUCCUCCAACUCCAAGCACCCGUCUUUCGGGCCCACAAAGGCCAAUAAACGGGCCCAAGCCCAAGCCCAAGGUCAACCACCACUCGAAACCCGAGAGUAUGAGAACGCUAUUUGCUCCGUCUGCAUGGAGUUCCCACACAACGCGGUUCUCCUCCUCUGCUCCUCCCACGAAAAGGGCUGCCGACCCUUCAUGUGUGCCACCAGCCACCGCCACUCAAACUGCCUCGAACAGUACAAAAAGGCGGCGGCGGCGGCCUACUCCUCCUCCGUGGGCCCCACUUCACCUCCCGAGCUUUCGUGCCCACUCUGCCGCGGAGCGGUCAAAGGUUGGACCGUGGUGGGACCCGCGCGCUGCCACCUGGAUGCCAAGCGCCGCUCGUGCACGAAAGACGGAUGCCCUUUCCGGGGAAACUACCGAGAGCUGAGGCGGCACGCGAAAACCGAGCACCCACUCGUCUGCCCUCGGGAAGUGGACCCCGCGAGGGCCGCCAGGUGGGAGAGGCUCGAGGACGAACGGGCCGUUGAGGACGUGCUGAGCACUAUCCGGUCGUCUAUGCCGGGAGCUGUUGUUGUGGGGGAUUAUGUGAUCGAGAGGGAUUACUAUCGAGGUGGGUUUCAUGGGCCUCCGGGUGGUCGGGCCCGUGUGGAGCAGCGUGUGGGGUUUCUUGCUGCAAGGCGGACUGGGAGGUUAAGAGGUCAGGCUACGGACUUGCAGAUUUGA